AUGGCCAGUAGCGCUCCGACCGACCCCCGCGAUUAUGCGGCGCCGUCGCCACUCGACACGUUGAUAGAUAAUUCGCAUCCCACCCCCAUUCCAAAGCCAGAAGACUCCCCUGCGCUCUCACGAUCGACUUCCCUCGGCCCAGAAUACUCGUUGGUGGAAAAUGAUAUAAACAGCCCGGUCACAACGGCUGGGCGCAAGCGCAAACUGAAUAGUGCCUCCGCACGAGGUGUUGCGAAUCUCACCGCGGACCAGUUGGCUAAGAAGCGUGCCAAUGACCGCCAAGCUCAACGCGCAAUUCGCGAGCGCACGAAAACUCAUAUCGAAGCUUUGGAACAGCAAGUUCGGGACCUUUCAUCGCAAAAACCAGUCCUCGAUCUCCAGGCAGCCUUGAUACACCAUGAACGAGUCAGAGUGGAGAACCAGGAGCUCCGGAACAGCCUUAAAGCUGCAAUGGAUAUCAUCCAGCCUCUGCUUGCAAGACCAGAAAUACCAGAUCUGCCUCCUUUCCUGGCCCAUGCGAAACCGGCCCCACUUCUAUCCCACGAUUCUCCUCUCCCCGAUCCAGACAAUUUGACAUCCCAUCACCACUCUCUGGCAACGGAAAAGCCAUAUGCCGAAUCCAUUGGCAGUAUCGACACGCCUUCUCCUACACAAUCUGCGCCGACUUUGGGAAGCCGUCGUAAUAGUAGUCACGGCGCCCAUCCUCGAUUGAACGUCUCUCAGAGCGUUGCCCAUGGCCUAGAUUUUGGACACGAAGAGCGACUGGGCUUCAAUUUCCUUCUAGAUGCUUCACAGAUUGUCCCCAAGGUCGACCAUGUGCGGCGCAGCAGCUCAGAUAAUAUUCGCACUUCGCAUCCGACCCCAACUCCGUCAUCCCCAGCAUACUUACAGCCAUUAAACUGCUCAUCCGAACAAGCAUCCGAACAAACACCAUCCGCAUUUGCUACACCUAUCAAAAAUAUCGCGCCGACUUGCCCGCUCGACAGCAUUCUGUUAGACUUCCUUCAUAAUAGACAACACGAGGCCGCGCAAGGAAUACCCCGCCAGAAGCUAGUCGGGCCCCCAUACCCAAGUGUUUCCUCACUGCUGAAUCCAGAAAAGAGCGCCAAUUCCCAUCCCGUAUCAAAGGUCUUCACGGAUAUUCUCCGUACAUUUCCAGAUAUCUCAUCACUUCCAGAACAGGUCGCCGUGCUAUACACCAUGUUCCUCCUAAUGCGUUGGCAAAUAUACCCCACGCAGGAAAACUAUGAGCGACUACCCGACUGGCUUACGCCACGUCCUACUCAGCUUAUCCAGCCACAUCCAGCCUGGAUGGAUUAUGUUCCUUGGCCGCGUAUGCGUGACCGGAUUACUACCGCUCAUCAAGACUACCCGUUCGAUAAUUGGUUUAUCCCAUUCACGCGGGGAAUGUCUGUUAAUUGGCCAUACCAUGCUACGGAUUGCUUAUUAUCUGUUGGCGAUUCGGAUGAAUUGCUCAUUAAUCCCGUUUUUGAAAGGCAUAUGCGCAAUAUGAACAAUUGGUCAUUGGGGCCAAUGUUCGCGGAGACUUAUCCUGGUCUCGUAGACACUACCCGAAUCAGACCGGAGCUGAACCCUCCUAGCUCUCCUCCUCGCUCUAUGUAG